AUGGAAGAAGAAACGAAAGUAUCGCCAGUAGAAGGUGGCACGAACCAUGUUCUGUCCCUCGGCUCAACAUCUCGCGAUCUGCAAACGGCAUAUCUUGUCAUCAGCCUGGUGCUGUCGGUAGGAUGCGGCCUGCUGCUCAUCUUCUUAGUUUGGAAGAAAGAGUAUCUGCAAAAGCCCAGCCACUACCUGCGGUGUAACCUGGCGGUAGACGACAUCGUCUUCACCGGCUGCCUGAUUCCCGUCCGUGUCUACGCACUUUUCCGGCAAGAUGCAAGCGGGGGACAGGUGUGGUGCGCGGCUGAAGCAGUGGUAGCGAUCGCAUUUGGGAUGUCUAUGUAUGGUACAUAUAUCAUGAUGGCAGUAGAUCUGUACUACUUCGUGUGCCAUCCCCUACACUACCACGACAAAGUCACGACCAAACGCGUGGUCCUGGGCAUCUUGGCGUUCAGGGCCUUUUCUCUCAUCGGCGGACUAGCGCCUGUGGCCUUCAGCGGACUGCCCGAAUACAACCUGCGUUGUGAGUUUGAUCCUGCGAACAGUACUACCUUAUCUGGCAUCUUCAGAAGCGUGAACUUAGUUUUCUUGUUACUUGUUGUUUUCUCCGUCCUAGUGAUCUACUGGCGUAUCUUCAAGGAAGCCAGAAGACAGCAGGAAAGAGACGAGAACCGUGAUCUGUGGGUGUUCCAGACCAAGGCGUUCAAAAUGAUGGUGCCGCAUGCUACCGUUUUGACUGCAUCCACAGCCACUAUCGGUUUCCGCAUAGCCAUGGCACGAGCUGUGAUCACAGAGGAACAGAUGUCCCUACGCGGCCUGAUGAUCGCUGAACGCGCAGCCAUCGUCCUGUACCUGACGCUAUCGUCCGUGGCGAACCCCGUCAUCUACAGCUUCCGGCUGCCAGAGUUUCGCCGAGCCUGCAGGGAGCUGUGCGGAUGGCCGACCAACCCUAACCCGCCGGCGGCGGUACCGACACGGCGGCAUCGCCAGGACGACGCGGAGACGGCCGCCGUCACCGGCCCCGGGCGGCGCGGUGCACCGGCCUCGGCAUGGACGCCAGCUCAAGCCUCUUCAACGGGUCUCAUCAUUCGGCCCACAGUGGAGAACAUGCCUUCAGACCAGCAGGCAAAACAGGAAGACACGAUCCCCGGACCAGCGUCUCGAGCUCGUGCAGGACACCGUGGCCGCGAGACCGCUUCAAGGCGACCAAUCCGGCUAACGGCGAUGGCGGAGGUGCACACCGAGCCCAGGCCACGUCCCGGACCGGAGGACGAGACGGUAAACCUCCCCGGUCAAGUACACACGGGUGACGAGCCAGAAGACGUCCCUACACUAACUUUGGACGCCGAGACCGACGAGGCAACGGCAGGACACACUUUGGACCGCCCACCAUUGCGAUUGGCAUGGGAGGACGAUGCAGGGCAAUGCAACAACGGCCAACCCUGCAGAAAGGUCACCAAAACAAGUACUCACCGUCUUAAAACUACAAUGAACUUUGGAAUAGAAUGA